UUCGUGUCAAUCUGUCAAUUUGGAUUGGAGGAGCUUGUCCACAUUCUCGCGAAUUUGUUUAGAUUUAUCGAUUAUUUUAUCAAAUUAAUUUCUAUGCGUGUUAUACAAUGAUAUUAUAAUAAUAAACAGUGUACUUUACAAACAUAUAUAAUCAAAAUGGAUUUCGCCUUGAUUUUUAGCCUAGUUUUGUUAGCAGUUUUCGGGGUGUCCUCAUCAAGAGUACUAGAACUAAGCGACAAGUUUAUCGACAUAAGCGGCGAGGGGCAGUGGUUCGUGAAGUUCUACGCGCCGUGGUGCGCGCACUGCCGCCGCCUCGAGCCGGUGUGGGCGCACGUCGCGCAGUCCCUCUACAGCUCACCCAUCAAGGUGGCCAAGGUCGACUGCACGAGGUUCCCCUCCGUAGGAACUCAUUUCAAAGUCCGUGCCUACCCCACCAUCCUCUUUAUUAAAGGAUCAUACCUGCAUGAAUACACUGGGGAGAGAACCAAAGAUGACAUGGUGAGCUAUGCCCUCCGCAUGUCACAACCGGCUGUGCAGAAACUGAGUCAGGGAGAUAACCUUGGAUACCUGAAGGAAGCACAUUCUGUGUUCUUUGGGUACAUUGGCAAGCAACAUGGAGCUUUAUGGGAAAUGUUUUCAAUUCAUGCAGAGCAGUAUCAACCUCACAGCUGGUUCUAUUCUAUGACCCAUGACCUGGUGAAGGGAGAGAUCACACCCCCAAAUGAGACCAGUGUGUUUGUCUACAAGGAUGAAGAGGCCUUCUUCUUUGAAGCCACACCAGCACUGAUAGAAGAUAAGGACACUCUAAAUGUGACACUGCACAAAUGGAUCAAUGCGGAGAGGUUUGGAAUGUUCCCUAAGAUCACGAGGUCAAACAUCAACCAUCUGAUGGACACAGAGAAGUACCUCGUCAUAGCGGUAGUGGAAGAGAAUAAGCUGAAUGAAAUUACACAGACUGAGAAGGAUUUCAGAGACAUGAUUGAGGGAAUAAUUAAGGAGAAAAAGCGCGAGCUCCACAGCCGCUUCCAGUUCGGGUGGAUCGGCUCCCCCGAGCUCGCCAACUCCAUCGCGAUGUCGGAGCUGUCGCUGCCGCACCUGCUGGUGUUCAACAGCAGCACGAGCCAGCACCACGUGCCCGACGACGACCCCGUGCUCAUGACGCGCGAGGCCGUCGCCAUGUUCCUCGACCAGGUGCACCGACAGAUGGCGCCGACAUACGGCGGCAACGGCUGGCUGACCCGCCUCUACCGCGGCUUCUUCGAGGGCCGCACGACGCUAGUCAACAUGUGGCGCGGCAACCCCAUCCUGACCGCGCUGGUCUUCGGCCUGCCGCUCGGCUUCCUCUCGCUCAUCUGCUACUCUGUGUGCUGCGCUGAUAUACUGGACGCUGACGAGGAGGAUGAGACUGCAGAAGCCCACGAGAAGAAUGACUAAAUAAGUUUUCCAAGAUUUAUGGUGUACUUAAAAUGGUUUAAAUUAACAGG